AUAUAAGCGUAUAUCUAACAUAUCUUGGUGUAGUGUGUAUCGGUAGAAGGUGAUCUACAGAUGCACCCUGUCAGCCAGCAUCAUCUACAUCACAGUCGCUCCUGGUAUUGGAAAAUAAUGACAACUUUUCUAACACCACGGUUUAUUGCUGUUAAUUGGCAUUUAAUCAACGGUCGAUGUAGAGGAGUGAGACAAGCACAGUGUCAGUCGCUGGUGGGGAGAAGGUCGGUGUAUCGGCGCUGAGACUACGACUGCAGCAACAUCACAAAUGUCAUGUUAGCACCGUGUCCAUCUCUGUCACUUGCCGGUUAGCGUUGCUAUGAAACCACGUUUAGUUUUCUCCUAAUUAUCACAUUGAUUGAAUCAUCAGCGCGGGCGACAUUGCAGUAGAUGACAGAGCGGCUCUCAGUUGAAACAGGUCUUGUGGGGCAGCGUGUUGGUGAAGUCUCUGUGAUGGUUGUUGAUAUUGAGGCCAAACUUUUUUUUUUUUUUACUUCCAAAUAUUUCUGUCGGUUUAUUGUCAUUGUCUUUAAUGAAUCUUAGGUCACAAGUCUCAAAUGGGGUGUUCAGAGGACACUUAAUGAGGACUUGAGACCUACAAACUCACACUAAACAGCCUUUGAUUCCUCGGGUACUUUUCUUCAGCAGGGGGAUGAGGGAGGGGUGUAAAACAUUGUGCUUGUGUAAUUGUUGCCGUGUACUUGCAGCUUAUAAAGAUGUGCACAGAUGUGAUAUUUAAUGGUGGAUUCAACAGAAUAAAUUCAAGGUGUUUGACAAUAUUUUGGUGAUCGACCUAUGGACUUUUAAAGUUCAUACAAGGGUCUGGUCCUGACACUAACUCAAGAGAGUCAAAUAUGUGUCACCACACACACACACACAUUUAUAUAUAAACACAGACACAAGCACACAUAUAUCUGAAAUCUUAUCAUCAUCCUCACCACCGGUGUACAGACAGCUUCCAGUGCCCGGAUGUGUUUUUGUGAUGACUAUUGUUAGCAAACUCCGUGACCCCAGCUCACGCGCCUGCUCUUAAAUCUACCCGUGACCUCACUUGUCAGCGGCCUUCGUUUCUUCCAAACUGCAUCUGCACACGUGCGGUGAGUGGCAUUUGAUGAUAGCACCACCCAUGCAGGCGUGCGCCUGUCGGCCCCACUCGUGACUGCACCGCACCAUGGCGGAGCUUGCAGGGCUAAUCAAUAGGCUGUGCGACUUGAUUGCUUUAUCUGCCUAAUUUAGUUUGCGCUCAAAACGUGAGCCUGUGAAGGGGGGUAUUUACACUCACAGAGUUACCAAGCUCCACCAGGCACCACCAGACAUAUGCAUCGAUUUCCGUUCGAUAAAUUUCCCGCCAUCCUCCGUCGAAAGCUACGGGCUUAUUAAGGGGGGAUAAUUGCUUGGGCCUGACGUUCAAGGGAAGUAAGCAGGGCAUCGUGCGCGCUCGCUCUCUUCCUUCAUCCACUGCUCGUCUUGGGUGUCAGUCCAGCGCGUGCACUUCGCGUGCGGUGAUGGCGGACAGACGCCAGGCCAGGAUUUGGGAGUUUGUGCUUCUUUUCGUCUUCCUUUUUGUCGGAUUCGACGUCGUUGCAGAGGAAAAUGGAAUGAGUGUAUCCCCUUUUUACGGCCAGCCUACCAUACUGGAGGUGCAGUGUUCAGGAUCCGGUCUGGAGGCCAACUCCAAGCUGGUUUCUCUCGCUCUGUACGGGAGCUCCAAGAGCAGCAUCGUGGCCUCCGUCAACUUAGUGAACAAAGAGUGCUCCACCUCCGACACUUUCUCGUCUUGUGAGAUCCACAGCAACGACGACCGCAGGACGGCAGUGAAGUCGCUGGUGUUUGACCUGCGCGAGGGCGAGGAGAGACAAUAUGGCUGCGAGGUCAACAGCCUCAGGCCCAGAGGCGGUCGCAGAUCUCCAACUGGUCGCUGCUGGUGAAAGCGAUGAGUAAGUGAUGAGUGAGUAGAGGAGACAAGUCAUGUGUUACAGAGGAAAGAAAGCUGUUUUGA